AUGGUGCUGUUGGCGCGCGCUGUGCCGUGGCCUGUGACGUUGAGAGUGACGGGCAUCCGAGCGUAUGCUGCUAUUGGAGGAGAGGAGCAGAAAUGGACCAAGUCGACAAUCCCAACCCCAACAUCGGCCACGACAGGUCUGCCAGCCGGCCAGGUCCAGGAAAAGAGCGAUGCUCUGCUGCAGGCCAUGGCGGCGACGGAGAUGCGGAACGACUGGACGAGGGAGGAGAUUUCCGCGAUUUACCACGAGCCAUUGAUGGAGCUGGUGUACCAAGCUGGUACGGUGCACCGCCGCUUCCACAGGCCGGGUGAGGUGCAACUGUGCACGCUGAUGAACAUCAAGACCGGCGGCUGCACGGAGGACUGCAAGUACUGCGCACAGUCGACACGGCACCAGAAGGGAACAGGCCUGGUGGCCAAGAAGGUCGAGUCGGUCGAAUCGGUGCUGGCGGCGGCACGGGUGGCCAAGGAGAACGGCAGCGCGCGCUUCUGCAUGGGAGCAGCAUGGCGGGACAUGCGCGGCCGCAAGAACAGCAUGCGCAACGUGAUCGAGAUGAUCCAGGGAGUGCGGGCGCUAGGAAUGGAGGCAUGCGUGACGCUCGGGAUGAUCGACCAGGCACAGGCGCUCGAGCUCAAGGCGGCCGGCCUGACGGCCUACAACCACAACGUCGACACGAGCCGGGAGUUCUACCCGAGCGUCAUCUCGACGCGGACAUACGACGAGCGUCUGCAGACGCUGGGCCACGUGCGAUCUGCCGGCAUCAACGUCUGUUCAGGCGGCAUUCUCGGUCUCGGCGAGGCUGACCACGACCGCGUCGGACUGCUGCACACCGUGGCCACGCUGCCGAGCCAUCCCGAGAGCUUUCCAGUCAACGCACUGGUGCCCAUCAAGGGCACGCCGCUGGCCGAACAACAUGCCGUCCCGUUCACCAACAUGCUGCGCACCAUUGCCACUGCCCGCCUGCUGAUGCCGCGCACCAUCAUCCGCAUCGCCGCCGGUCGCAAGGCCAUGUCGGAGGAGAGGCAGAUGCUCUGCUUCUCGGCUGGCGCCAAUGCCAUCUUCACCGGCGAGAAGAUGCUCACGACCGAGUGCAACGGCUACGAUGAGGACAAGGACAUGUUCGCCCGCUGGGGUCUGCAGCCCAUGAAGAGCACACCGCUCGUGGGUCGGGAAGGCCCGCCCUGA